AUGGCAUCACAAUCAUCCCAUCCCGGUCUUGUGGACAACUUGGUUGUUUUUCUUAGUCGGAGCAUUGAUAUCAUUUUUGGAACUGACACACGUAAAAUCCAGUUAUUUCUCUCAGCAUCGCAGGGUAACCUAGGUAGAGUGAAAUCUCUUGUCUAUUCAGGGGCUGACCUGAAUGCCAGUGAUAAGAACGGGGAGAAUGUGAUGCACAAAGCAUCUCGGUCAUCAAAUCCUGAUCUUGUUGAUUACCUCCUUAGUCAGGGCUUUGAUAUCAAUUGUAGAAAUGUCACAGGUCAGACCCCAAUAUUGCUCUCGGCAUUCAAUGGUAAGUUAGAUAUGGUCAAUCAUCUUAUCAAUUCAGGGGCUGACCUGAAUGCCAGUGAUAAGAACGGGGAGAAUGUGAUGCACCUGGCAUCUCGGUCAUCAAAUCCUGAUCUUGUUGAUUACCUCCUUAGUCAGGGCUUUGAUGUCAAUUGUAGAAAUGUCACAGGUUUGACCCCAAUAUUGCUCUCGGCAUUGGAGGGUAAGUUAGAUAUGGUCAAGCAUCUUAUCAAUUCAGGGGCUGACCUGAAUGCCAGUGAUAAGAACGGGGAGAAUGUGAUGCACCUGGCAUCUCGGUCAUCAAAUCCUGAUCUUGUUGAUUACCUCCUCAGUCAGGGUUUUGAUGUCAAUUGUAGAAAUGUCACAGGUAAGACCCCAAUAUUGCUCUCGGCAAGGGAGGGUAAGCUAGAUAUGGUCAAGCAUCUUAUCAAUUCAGGGGCUAACCUGAAUGCCAGUGAUAAGGACGGGGAGAAUGUGAUGCACCUGGCAUCUCGGUCAUCAAAUCCUAAUCUUGUUGAUUAUCUCCUUAGUCAGGGCUUUGAUGUCAAUUGUAGAAAUGUCACAGGUCAGACCCCAAUAUUGCUCUCGGCAAGGGAGGGUAAGUUAGAUAUGGUCAAACAUCUUAUCAAUUCAGGGGCUGACCUGAAUGCCAGUGAUAAGAACGGGGAGAAUAAAUGUCACAGGUCAGACCCCAAUAUUGCUCUCGGCAAGGGAGGGUAA